CCUGUUGUUAGCGGCUGUGUUUGCUAGUUACGCCCUUAGCUUUGCGCUAUGGAUCUCCCCGAACCCAUACGAAGGCGUUUGGGAGAUUUUUCACGAACAGUUUUCGUGAAUCAGGGUCAUUCACAACUUUCGUCCGAGGAUCGUAUCACGUUUCUGAAUCACAAUGUUCUCUCCAGCCUGCCUCUUCAAAUGGCUCUCUUCUUCAACAUGUGCUUCUUUCCUCUGUGGUGGAUUAGUGAAGUUAUAAUGCUGCAACUCAAAUAUCCUUCACUUCCUGAUUACUACAAAUUCAUCCUAAUUACCAUCCUGAUUUUAAUGACUCUCAUCGAGGCAAUCAGGCUCUACCUGGGCUAUGCAGGUAAUCUGCAAGAAAAGGUCCCUGAACUGGCUGGCUUUUGGCUCCUCAGCCUCCUUCUGCAGUUCCCUUUGAUUCUGUUCCAGCUCUUCAAUGAAGCGAUACUCAUUCAGCCUUUGGAAAGAGGAGUUCAUAUAGUUCUGGCCUUGUUCAUUUUAACAGAGGCUCUGUCUGGUUUUGUUGCACUGCGUGGAAUGGUCAGACACACCGAAAGCCGCUUCCACCUCAGUCAGUUUAAUGGUAUUCAAGAACUCCGAUCAUGACGGCUGUGCCACUCAUGAACUUCACAUCUUUGUAAAUAAUAGACAUUUUAAAAAAAACUACAGUGAUCACUUUUAUACCACAUGAAACGAAUCAUUUCAGUAACAUGUCCAUGUGGACAAAUCACAAGCAUUCAUUUGAACUACUUUUUCAAUCCUGUUUUUCUCAUUCAUUCAAUUUAUGACAUUAGCAGAUCACAGUUGUAAAAGUUUUUUAUUCUAUAUUUUUUUAAAAUAAUAAAAAAAACUCGAGCAAAA